AUGAAGAGUCUUUUAACUGAUGAUAAAAAGCCUGCUAGUCCAAUGCAAGUGAGCAUAUCGGAGGGCACUAGUAAUAUGGAUAUCAGCAAGCGAAACUUGGCAAAUAAUGAAGCAGAAUUGCUGAAGGAAGAUAAAAAAACAUUAGCUGCAACUCAAACGAUAUAUUCAGCACAGGCAAUGAUUCCAAAAAAAAAAGGAGUGCAAAAAAUCUUGCCGUCAAACGUAUUAAUCAGUUAUAUUUAA